AUGUCUGCCAAUCAAGGAAGAAAGGCUUCUGACGUUUGGUCAUUCUUCAGCAUUUCUGAAAAUCAAGCAAUCUGCAAGCUGUGCGUUCAAAAUGGCAUUGCAAAAGGCAUCUACAAAUUUGACUCGAAAACUGGAACCUCUGGGCUUCGUCGACAUCUCCAAUCAAAGCAUCUCACAGAAUAUUCUGAAUUGAUGAAUUGUUCAAAGAAUCAAAAUGAAUCUAAAGAUCGACUCUCUUUGGAACAAUUCCUUUUGAGUUCGGGUAUAAAGAUGGACGAAGAUGAGGCAGAAGAUAGAAAAGUUCAAGAGAUAGAGCAAUCAACCAUUGAAUCGACAACUUCGAAUGAGUCUUCAAUUCGAAAACCUUUUAUGCAAAUUCUCAGCGAAAAACCUUUAAAAUUGGGGAAUACGAUCUCCAACAUGUCAAACGGCAGCAAAAGUCUCAAACGAAAGUAUGAAAAAAUCUCGGCGACAAGCUCGAUUAUGGACAAGUAUCGAGAUUUAGAUCAAAAUGGAUUGGUUCAGGUAAAAUAUAUUUGGAUCGACGGAACAGGAGAGUUUCUCCGGUGCAAAUCGAAGACUUUCGACUUUGAGCCGACAAGCCCGGAUCAGUUACCGAUUUGGAAUUUCGACGGAACGUCGACUGGUCAAGCGACCGGUGAUGAAAGUGACGUUUUCAUUCGACCCAUCGCUUUGUUCAGGGACCCUUUCCGACCAGGACCCAACAAGCUUGUGCUCUGUGAGACACUCGAUCGACAGUAUGAGCCAACACCAACAAACAAUCGCCGGAAAUGUCUCGAGUACAUGGAAAAGGCGAAGGAUCAAGUUCCGUGGUUCGGUCUCGAGCAAGAGUACACUCUACUCGAUUUGGACAGACACCCAUAUGGAUGGCCAAAAUUGGGAUAUCCUGCUCCACAAGGACCCUACUACUGUGGUGUUGGAGCGGAUAAAGUGUAUGGACGAGAAGUGGUUGAGGCACACUACAGAGCUUGCAUGUACGCUGGAAUCCGAAUCUCUGGAACAAAUGCUGAGACAAUGCCAGCCCAGUGGGAAUUCCAAGUUGGACCCUGUGAAGGAAUUGAGGCCGGCGAUCAACUAAUUGUUGCAAGAUUCAUCCUUCAUCGAGUUUGUGAGGACUUCGGUGUGGUGGCGACAUUGGAUCCAAAGCCGAUUCUCGGAGAUUGGAAUGGAGCUGGAUGUCACUGCAACUUCAGCACCAAAGAGAUGAGAGAGCCUGGGGGUUAUAAUGCAAUCGAGAAAGCGAUUCUGAAGCUCUCGGAGGUCCACCAUCAACACAUUGCUUACUACGAUCCACACGGAGGACGGGAUAAUGAAAGAAGACUAACAGGAGCACAUGAAACCGAAACGAUCGACGCUUUCUCGUAUGGAGUGGCAAAUCGGGGAUGCUCGGUUCGGAUACCCAAGCAGACAUUCGAUGAUCAAUGUGGUUACUUUGAGGAUCGUCGUCCUUCAUCCAAUUGUGAUCCUUACAAUGUAACAGCGGCUCUCGUCAAAACCUGCUGCCUCAAAGGAGAAGAUCGAAAGCUUUCAUUGACUUAUGUGCCAAAUUUC